GUUGAAUUUCGAGGCGGGACGGGAUUAUUUUGGGGCUGGGUUAGUUUUCUUUGGGUCUUCUUUCACUUGAAGUGUGCAACAAACUUGGUUUAAUGGAACACAGACAAUGGCCGUUGGAAUUACACAUUACCACUGUGGAUUAUAAACGAAAAGACCCAGUUUUCUGGAUCGAAGCGAUUACAACCCUCACCAAGUAUAAAGCAAAACAACGUCGAUUCCCUCGGUAUUAUACCGAAUUACAAAAGCUGCAUCAGCACCUCAUAGCCACUCUCGAGGAUACCUUUAUACCCGCCUUGCCAUCGUGUCCUGUGGCUCGUUAUGAUAAGGAAGGCCAACUGCUCGAUCGGUGCUGGUGGUUCAAUGUCGACUUUGCAGGCCAGCCGACGAACAGACGAGAUACGGUACCGUUGGAUAUGAAAAUCCAACGCUGGUUGGAUCGCAUAGCCCGACAUGAGCACAGUCAGCAAAGCGAAGGGUUGCGAGAAUUUGUGGAAAGCGAAGUCGGGUUCCGCCCUCAUUUGAAAAGAGAGCGUAAACUUCGUGUAAAGAGCUUGGCGACGGCCUCGGAACAUGAUAUGGAACCGAGUUUUACACCGUGGUACACGCAUCUUGAAGAAACCCACCGUCAUCUGACCCAACUACAACUGCAAAUGGAACGUCUAGAUAAAGGAUUUAAAGACGUGGCACGAGCGUAUGUCGAUUUUACUUCGGACCUGGUACCGUAUGGCAGUAUGGAACGCAAUCCGGAAUUGUUCAUAACCUACAAGGAUUUGGCCAAGGGGUGUCAGUUACUGUCUCACAUUGAACAAUGGCAAGGCAUCGCUGCCACAGAGACUUUAGGAGAUGAGAUCAGUUAUCAAAUAGCCAACAAUGAAGCUGCACAGGGAUCCAUGAGAAGACGGCUCCAUGCUCUGUCGGAUUAUAUGAGUAGUCGAAAGCAAACCGAGCACUGUCUAAGAAUUGUGGAGCGACUGAAAUCUUCGGUGAACAUUGAUAAAAGACAAGCGAAUGACGCUAUUGCGGAUCUAGAGAUGGCACGAAGGAUAGAACGUGAUACGGAACAACGCUACGAACGGAUUAACCGUGGUCUGCAGGAAGAUCUGGAAAAUGAAUAUAGGCCGAGUGUGUCCCAAGAUAUGUUGGCGGCAGUGAAGGAUUAUGCAAGGAGUCAGUUGUACCUGGAAAAGCAAAAGUUGGCUAUUUGGCAGGAUAUAGCGAGGAAACGAAAUUAAAACAUAUACGAGAAGCGAGGUGGACUAAGGAUGAUGGGAAUUGCGCGGACUUUUUUAGGGUUCUCAUCAGGGGAAACCUAAAAUUGGAAAGGCUCUCUUUUUUUUUUUUUGAACAAUCGACCUCCCCGUUCCGGACGAACAAUCAUUCACUUUUUGCGGGUGGUGCUUUUCUCUUUACCUCUUUCUCUCCAACGUUUUUUCUUUUUUUUUUUUGUAUUUUUG